AGAAAAUCGCAAAUGUAUUGUGAUUUGUGUGAAAUUUUAUUAAUAUUCAUCGGAAAUAGAAUCUUAAUUUAAAAAUAAGCAGUAUUUUUACGUAUGUUUGAAUUUUCAAACAGUGCGCUUAUUGUUAUUGUUUGUAUAAAGAUUUCCUGUCGCCUAAAAUAUGGCUACAUUAAUACAAUCUUAUGAGCAGCAAUAUUCCAUCAUUACAGCUGAUAUAACAGCAAAAAUUGGUAGGCUGAGGACAGCAAAUGAAGACGAACGAGAUUCCCUUCACAAAGAAAUCCAAGGAAAUUUCGAGGAAGCCAAUGAUCUAUUGGAGCAAUUGGAACUGGAAUACAGAGGCUCAGGUGCUGGCUCCAGAGUAUCGGCCUACAGAGCUGAACUGCAGAGAGUGAAGGAUGAAUAUAGAAAAGUUGGGACUAAUCCUGCAUUAUAUAACAUUGACAAUGAAGAGUAUGACGACUGGUCAACGGGGAAUGAGCAGAGACAGAAGUUAUUGGACAACACAGAGAGGCUGGAGAGGACGGGCAAGAGUCUCACAGAGGGCUACCGAGUUGUGCUGGAGACGGAGCAGAUAGGGGCGGCUGUGCUGCAGGACCUAAACUCCCAGAGAGAAACAAUACAGAGAUCUAGAGGAAGGCUACGGGAAACUGACGAACAGUUGAAUAGGUCUACACGACUGUUGAAGACCAUGAUGAUGAGAGCAUUGCAGGAAAGAUUUGUCCUGGGAAUAGUCUUUUUGGUGUUAGUAGCUUUAAUAGGUUUAGCAGUCUAUUUGUCGGUCACAUAGCUUACAUAUAGUUAGCAUUAUAUUGUAACUUAUUGAUAUCCUAGAAACUUUAUUUACAUUUCCAUUACCUACUGUAGGAAACAUAAA